GAAAAAGAGAGAGAUGAGGACCUUCCAGAGCCAAAGUCAGGCCGCGCAGCGCGGAGCCGCCAGCAGCCCGCACAGCCCGCACAGCCUCAGCAGCAGCACCGCCGUGAGUCCACUCAGCACGGCCAGCAUCACCCUCGCAGCCCUGCUCAUCCUCACCAUCCCUGUCUGCAACAGUGCUCCAGCAGAACUUCAGCAAGCCACAACAGAUCAGAGGCGGCUCCUCAGCCAGAUAGACGCUGUGUGCUCAUCCUACCUCUCUGCAGACUCGAAGUUUUGGGCAUCUGAUGUCUUAGGAGAACUCUGUGUCUUGAUGUUGGUUCAGAAGUCAAAGGAGCUGAAAGUGCGAGAAAAUAGUAAAAGGACCCCUCUGUUGCACCCUCUCCUGCAUCUUGUUUCCCAACUCCAUACAAGAGGAGAGAGAGGACUCUCAAUGCGCGCUGAACUCCAGGGACCUGGGGGAAUCCAGAGCAGAGGCUACUUCCUCUAUCGGCCACGAAAUGGAAGAAGGUCCUUAGAAUAUGAGUAA